UUAUAUUAAAUACUUUUACUGCUUUCAAACAUUUAGAAAUAAAUAUUCUGAACACCGUCAUGUAUAACGCAGAAUGCAUUGCCAUAAAGGAUAUUAAGCCCGGUCUGAAAAACAUCAAUGUUAUUUUCAUAGUACUCGAGGUGGGCGUGGCAACCGUCACGAAAGAGAACCGCGAGGUGCGCAAUUUCAAAGUGGGCGAUCCCACAGCCAGCAUCAAUGUCUCCAUUUGGGACGAGCCCGGCAAGCUGAUAACACCGGGCGACAUCAUACGACUGACUAAGGGCUAUGCGUCCAUUUGGCGUCACUGCCUCACACUAUAUUCGGGCAAAAAUGGCGAAGUCUUCAAGAUUGGCGAAUUCUGUAUGAUCUUCAACGAAGCGCUCAACAUGAGUGAGCCCAAGCGGGCCGAAACACCUGUGGCCCAGGGUGGCAUGGUCGCUGUCCAAACGCCAGUCGCGACGCCCGUGGGCGUGGUAGCUGGCGCUGUGCAGCCACCACCCAAUCCAACGCCACCCGUUGUGGUGCCACCGACAAUUGUGAAGCAGGCAGCGCGUGGUGGUCGAACGGGCACAGCCCGAGCCGGAACUCUGAAAGCGGAGCGCAGAUAAAGCAGAUGCUCCCGGAACCACUGAGGACAAGGAGAAGCUUCGUAACAAAUUUAUUAAUAAAUUAUGUGAAGACAGAGAAUAGUUUGUGAAACAUUUGAUUUAAGGGAACUGUAUCUGUAAGAAUUACAUACAUACAUACAAAAUAAUGAGAAAUAAAUAUUGUAUU